AUGCGAGAAAUAACAGUGAAUGGAUAUGAGGAAGUAAAGGACGCUCUAUCGUCUGCAGAUGGUCGAGUCUUCAUACUGUUCACUGGAUCUAAAGUUGACGGGAAGAGUUGGUGUCCAGACUGUGUUGCAGCUGAACCAGUCAUAGAAUCAGUAGUGAACAGCGAAGAUGCCAAAUCCCUUGGAGCUACGUUCAUAACUUGUUUCGUUGGAGCAAGAGAAUAUUGGAAAGACCCGAACUGUCCAUUUCGAACGGAUCCAAAGUUUAAGCUCACUUGUGUUCCUACCUUAAUAGAAUGGGACAAAAAGCACAAACGAUUGACGGAAAAUCAACUGACGAAUAAGGACAUGAUAAAGGAUUUAUUUUUUGAGUGA